CGUCGACCAGUUUUCUUUUUGUCCAUUUUUUAUGUUUUAUGGAUACGUCAAGGCGUCAAACCGUCGUGGUGAAUCAUUAUGCUACAACCAAGCCAUUACUGAGUAUUGAACUGGAUGAACCGCAACGUGUAUGGUUCCCCGGACAAGUUAUCCACGGCACGGUUCGACUCAGUUCGCUUGCAGCGAGUCUCAGCUCCACCACCACAUGUAUCCAACUUCACUUGACGUGCGUUUUCCAACUUGGCGAUGGUUCUCGAAAGAUUCUUCUCCUCAAGGUCAUCGUUCCAUCCCAACCAUGUCACGGGCAAACCCAACUGCCAUUCAACAUUGCCAUCCCAACUUCCGUUCCUUCCACUGUCGAUGAUAAGACUAUCGCAGCCAAAGUACAAUAUAAAAUUAAAGCCGUGUAUCAGAUACCGGGAUUGCCCACCACCUUAUAUCCAAAAACAUCAAUCCCCGUUCACAUCAAAAGUUGGAUUUCAGCCAACGAUAUUGCCUAUUCGGCCGGUCUAAAGAGCGAAAAGGAUGCCACGAUUAUCAUUCCUCGAGAUAUCAUCAUGAGUGCUGUGCGCUUGCGCAAAGAUGAGGAACGGAAAAUAUCUGCCACGUUGUCCAUUCCUCGUUCCUGCUAUCUACCUGACCAAUCGAUUUCCUUCAGUCUCAAAAUCCAGCAUGUGGCGCCUAUCAAACAGAUGCAGGGUGUCCAUGUGCAUCUGGAGCGCGUGACACACAUUGUGCUGGAUGGUAUGACAUCCAUCGAUACCGUUUCCGUAGCCGAAAUGACCCUGCCACUGAUAUGCGAUACCAAAGACUUUACCGCUACCAUCACCAGUGGGGCCUUGAAAGUGCCUUUGAACAUUUCAUCCACCAUCGACAAUACCAUAAGUCCUCUGAAUAUCUUUUAUCGAAUAAGGGUCACCUUGAAUAUGGACAUGACUAUUCUUCUCGAUGAACCGCAUUCAAGAAAACGUGACCGUGCAUACAGUGUGGUGACGAGAAUGAUGAGCUGGAAUGACGACCUAAAGUCGCCACGCAACAAUACCACCCUGUCGCUGGAUUUGCCCGUCGUCAUCGGCACCACCGACGCUUCUAAGGAGACGAUGCCCAUAGCGCCGCUCAAAGACCCUGCACUUUCCCUGGACCAGAUAUAUUUCCAGCACCUGCAAUCUAACCGUUUCUCCAAUUAUGACACCGGUGACAAAAAAUUUCCACCGCGUACAGAUUCGUUGCCGACCCAUGUGCCUGACAUUAUUACCACGCCUCCAGAUUAUUACGCCCACACGACUUUUAGCAGCCCCAUCUUGAUGAAACCUACAUUUUACACGCAAAUUCCUCGUCAGCCUUCAGCACCACAUCUUCAAGAUAUCGAACUGUCUCCGAUCUAUGGAACCGAACCGUGCACCGCAACGGAGAAGCCGCCGUUGCGUCCAUCCCAUCGCUAUUCAAAGUCAUGGUCACUGCCGGUUUUACCUCACAAUAUACCACCAUCAUCAAUACAAUCUCCACAUACCAUUUCAAAAUCAUCUACCUCUUGAUCAUCUGUGAAUUAUUAUCAGGAAGCGCAAAAAAGGUAUGUCGAAUGACUCUAAAAAAGUUGUCCUUACUUGUCUCGGACGGCUGCCAAUUUUACUUACAAGCCUACCUCAUCAAAUUGGUGUUCUUUUCUUCAAUUCAUUUGCAAUAAAUAGCAUGCUUCUUUAUUUUUUUCUCUGUAUCCAUAGCUCCAAAACAUCAUGACAAUGGGCAAAAAGUUUGCCUCGCAGCAGUAACAUGGUCACAAAUUACUUUGAUGUAAACCUCAUUGUAGUAGUGAUUUUGACCCUUGCACAAUAUAAACGCUGGAAAAUACUACUAUGUAAGGGAUGGAAUCGUGGCAAUACUUAUAAAGUUGGUGUAAU